CUAAAUUUAGUUGGACGUUCGUCUAAUGUUUUUUAAAUGUUACUAGGCUACUUGUUUUAGAACGUUCAGAGAAUAUUCAAAAGUAACAUAUUUGCAAAACAAAGCAAACGUUCGUAUAACCAAUCAAACCUGUUUUAAAGCCAUUAAAAACUGGACGACUGCGCAGAGAACAGUUUUUUAGAACUUAAUGGGAACGUUAGCAAAACAUUUUUGUUAUCUGGCAAUUUUAUGUUUUUGAAUUAAGUUUUACGCUUUCUUUUACGUCUUUAAGCUUUGUAUGCUUCAUGUUUGGCAGCCCUGAACCUGUUCACCCUGCCUUCGUGUGUGGUGUUACUCCUCCUCCCAUCAUCAGAUAUAAUCAUGUUCCUCCUCCGACACACGAACCGAAACGCACUUUGACAACAUGACGCUGGACACAGAACGGACAUGCAUUAAACUAUUAUUGAAAUACGCCUUAUAUUAGUCUAAAACUAAACUGUAAAGUGAGAAAAGAAGAAUCGAGAUGUCAAUUUAAACACAACCGCGUGACUUCCUGAAGUGACUGUGACUCGAGCUCAGAUAUCCAACCCACAUGGCCCACGGCAGCGAUCAGUACACGUCUCUAAACUCUCCCGAGGAGAAUGACGAAACCAGGAGUGAAGAGUUUGAGUCGGACCUUCACAACUGUUCCACAUCCAUACAACAACCUACUCAGAUCGUUCCCCAGCAUAACGCAGUGAGCUACUCUCAGCCCCCUCUGUGUGCAUUCUACGCCCAUCAGACACCCUUUCCCAGCUGGGACGGUCCCGUCAGGGUGGAUUCACCGCACAGCCUGCCCUCCUGCCUCCCGUCUGCCAUGUACCACCCGCUUUCAGAGGACGGCUCGUUUUUUCCCAGCAGGCCUCACUCUCUUCCGGGCAGCUGUAGUCUGAGUCUGGAGAGUCUGGAGCAUCCCAGAUCUCUGCGCUCGUUUUCUCCAUCAGCGAACGUGUACCACCAUCCCUCGUACCCCGACACUUACCUGCGGCCGCCGUGCCCCCCGCCGCCUCACAUGAUUCCCGUCCAUCACUGCAGCUCCAGACCCGGACAUCAGCCGCCCUACAGACCCUCAGGCCUGCCGCAGUACAGACGCAUGGACACACGCUCCUCUGAAAAUGGAAAUGCAUCUGUGAACUCCAGACAGGCCAGUCAGUGUGUCACACACCUGCCACAGGAACAGAGGAAAGUUUUUGUCACGUACGAGGCCGACAGUGAAGAGCACUUGAAGGAGAUCAUUAAGUUCGUGUCUUUGCUGAGGAACAACGGCUUUGACACGCAUAUUGAUGUUUUCGAGCAGCAGCUGAACAGCAUCAGUAAGAUCGACUGCAUGGAGCGAUAUCUCAAUGAGAAAGAUUACCUGAUCAUCAUCAUCAUCAGCCUGAGGUAA